AUGCAAUAUUUACAAAAUACAGUGGCUGCUGCUGUAGCACCAAGGUCAAGGUCAGUUUGGGUGCUUAGCAAUCAAGCUCAAUAUCUGCGACCAGGACAUGCUUCGGCCAUGGCUAGUCGCCCUGCUGACCCAGCCCUUCACGCUGGGGACUAUGAAGCUGAUCCUGUUGUCACCACCGGAGAUCCUCAAGCUGCAGAAAAUGUUGCACAGGAAAAAGCAGCCGUUGAUGAGCAACAGAGGCAAGUAGACAAACCAGCCAGCAGCUGGGGCAAAGGAAAAGGAACAGGAACAGAACCGGUUUCACCUCCUAAUAAACCCUCAUAUCCAAACGCAAGUUUCCCAAGGCUAGAGAAGACAGAUGUGACCCUGCAGCCGGAUCCGUCGGACUACCCAAUCAAUUAUACGCAGAAAAGGCGAGGUAGCCAAUACGCAACAGCUGCCACUGGUUUAUCAUUAGAGAAUUUCGAUUUGGAAAAGGUGAGCUGUGUGGGGCUGGAUGGUACACCCUGGCCAAGGGACAAGGAAAAUGAGGAGCACAAGACAGAUAGAGAUAGGGAAGACGAACAAGAGUACUACAAGCAUCACAAGGCUUCGCCGUUGUCUGAGAUAGAGUUCGCAGAUACCCGGAAGCCCAUUACGCGUGUAAUGUACGGCACGGCUGCCGUAUCGGAGUAUGGUGCAGGUAGAGAUGUCAUUAGAUGGAGGCCGGAGCAGUUGGACACCGCUGAGGAGGCACUGCGUAGAGCUGCAAGGAUAUGGAAAGAGAAUGCCAUGCGUGGUGACCCUGAUGCUCCUCACUCCAGAGUGCUCAGAGCUCUACGCGGGGAGUCAUUCUGA